UUUCUCUCGUCUUAGCAACCAUUCAACAAUUUUACGUAACAUCCGGGAAAAAAAACACAAAACACAAUCAUGGCUAAAGCUGCAGCAGCUUCAAAAGAAAAGGAUCCUGUAAAUUUUGUGCACCAAAAUGCUAUUUUGUGUGAAACAAUAACUAAAGAACAACGACAUCAAAAAUUAUACACAAAUUAUAGUGUUAAUCCAUUCAAAAAAAUUCAUGUGAUCACAGGAAAGCCAAAUUCCAGGCACGACACAGAGGAGGGUGAAGAGGAGUUCAAUUUUCAAAAAGAAAUCAUGUUGUGUAACCAAGAACCAGUGAAAAAAUUCGCCCACCUGUGGGUGGGCUGGAUUACCAAGCCUCUGAUUGACUCCGAUAGGUCAGAUCGCAGGCUUAACUUUUUCAGACAAAAUACUCCUAUCACAAAAUAUAUGGACGCUGCCUGGAGAGUAAAGGAACAAACAGAGAACAUGAACUAGGAAAAUGUGUUUUAAUUAUUUGUCUUAAUUCAUUUAAAUACUGUAAUCAUUGCAAUCUCAUUAAUUGUUACUGUGUGUUUGAAGUGCAUGGCAAAAUCAGGACAUUCUAAAAAUUGUGAAUGUGAAGCAGGGGUGCUGAGGCCAUGUUUAAAUAAAGCUGUUAUUUGUUAUAAAUAAUGCAGGUUCUUAAUUUAAGUAAGAAUGUGCAACACCAAUUUUGUGUACAGUCAUAAUUUUAUGGAAAUAAAAUAACACAAACAUUUC